AUGGCUGCCCCUGAUCAAAAGACGCGCAACCAGAUUGAUCACAUUGUGAUAGACGAAAGGCAUGCCUCAAGCGUGAUGGACGUGCGUGCCUCUAUCCAACUGGCGGAUGCCCUCGAAAAAUUAAAGGCUGUCAUCCAGGAAAUGAGAUGGACAGGACAGGGUUGCUCCAAGCGAGCAAACUGCGAUAUCUACUACAGCUGCCAUGCGGAGAGGCGCGAAUUUGGAUGCGGAUUUGUAGUAAGCCGGAGACUUCGCCACCACGUCUCCGAUUUCACCCCAGUGAGUGAACGGCUGGCUACAAUCCGCGUCGAAGCUAGGUUUUUCAAUCUUAGCAUAAUUUGCGCGCACGCCCGGACGGAGGAGAAGGACGAUGCUCUUAAGGAUGCAUUCUACUCGAGACUCGAGGACACAUACGACCGCUGCACAGACGACGACGUGAAGCUUAUCCUCAGGGACUUCAACGCAAAGGUCGGUCGCCACCACCUCGAACAACGGUCUCAGGCUGAUUGA